AUGUCUGCCGUUCAGCCUGUCGCAGUCUAUGCGCUCCGGGUUCCUCCCGGUGCCAUGGUCCAGGCAGUUCCCAACGCUGCUGCUUCUUUCCGCGUUAGCAUGGCCGCUAUCGAUCCCGAUGAGGCCCCAGAGUUCGAGGAUGAGCAGGACUCCAGCAAGCCUUCCCGCUCCACUCUGAAGAUUAUUCGCGCUCCUCCCGGUCUUGACCUCGAUGAGGAUGAUGAGGAUGAUGAGGACUACAGUGAUGAGGAUGAGGAGGAGUCUGAGGAUGAGGAAGAGUCCAACGGUGGCCCUAGCGACAAGGAGAAGGCUCGCAAACUCCGUGAAGCUGCUGCCCUCAAGGAUCUCGAGGACGCUAUGGAGGAGGACGAUGAUGAGGAGGAUGACGAUGAGGACUUCGACUUGAAGGCUGCCAUCUCUAAGCUCAUCAAGGGUAAGGGCCCUGCCCUUGACGACGAGGACUCUGAGUCCGAGGAGGGCCUCGAGCUUGAUGAGAACGUUAUCUGCACAUUGAGCCCCAGCCAGAACUACCAACAGCCUCUGGAUAUCACUGUCUGCGAGGGUGAGCCUGUCUUCUUCAAGGUCACCGGAAACCACACCGUCUUCCUGACUGGUAACUACGUCAUUGGUCUCGACGAGGGUCACGAUCACGAUCACGACCACGAUGAUGAGGACGAUGAGGAUGACUACGAUCUGUCCCCCGAUGAGGAUGAGCUCGACAUGGAUGAGCUCAUGGCCAUGCAGGGUGGUGAUGAGAGCGACGACCUUGACGACAUGGAGGAUCCCCGAAUCACCGAGGUUGAGAGCGAGGAUGAGGCUCCUAAGCUUGUCGAGACCAAGAAGGGCAAGAACAAGCGCGCCGCCGAGGAGGAGGCCAGCCUCGACGACAUGAUGGCCAAGGCCGACAAGGCCAAGUCUACCAAGGCUGAAGAGCCCGCGUUGACCAAGGCCCAGCAGAAGAAGCUCAAGAAGAACAACGGUGAUGCCGCCGCUGUUGAGCCUAAGGAGACCAAGAAGGAUGAGAAGAAGGAGGCCAAGACCGACAAGAAGGUCCAGUUCGCCAAGAACCUCGAGCAGGGCCCUACUCCCUCCGGCGACAAGCCCACCGGCACCCUCGGUGUCAAGGAGAUCCGUGGUGUGAAGAUUGACGACAAGAAGCUCGGAAAGGGCGUUGCCGCCAAGAGUGGCAACACCGUGGCCAUGCGCUACAUCGGUAAGCUCGAGAACGGCAAGGUCUUCGACUCCAACAAGAAGGGCAAGCCUUUCACCUUCAAGCUCGGAAAGGGUGAGGUGAUCAAGGGUUGGGACAUUGGUGUUGCCGGCAUGGCUGUCGGUGGUGAGCGUCGUAUCUCCAUCCCUCCAUCUCUCGCAUAUGGCAAGAAGGCCCUUCCCGGCAUUCCCGCCAACUCCAAGCUCAUCUUCGAUGUCAAGCUCCUUGAGAUCAAGUAA